UGAUGGGAGUUUUUUUUUUUCCCCUCUCCUUUUACUUUCAGGAAAAGAAAGUUGCAUAGUUUGUGAAGCGAGGGGGAACAGUGUUACUGUAGUUAGGUCAUUUUGGACACUUAAAAAUAAAAAGUAAAACAUGGAGACUUACGGCUCUUCGAAUGCCGGAGGUGCCUUCGAUUUUAUGAAUUUUGCGCAACAGCCGCAAACUAUUUCACGGGUUCUGAGUUGGAUCUUUGCCAUCAUAGUGUUUGCGUGCAUCACUGCGGAAGGUUACAUCAACCCAUCAGGCACCUCCGUGCAGCACUGCGUCUUCGGAGGGAGCCUGGAUGCCUGUCACUAUGGGGUGGGCAUUGGCUUGCUGGCCUUCCUCGCCGCCACCGCCUUCUUCAUCCUCGACAUCUACUUCCCACAGAUCAGCAAUGCCAACGAGAGGAAGUACAUCGUCAUCGCCGACCUCGUCUUCUCAGGUGUGUGGUCAAUACUGUGGUUCGUGGGAUUCUGCUUUCUGACCAAUAAGUGGGUGACGAUGACAGAAACCCCCCUCGUUGGAUCAGACAGUGCAAGGGCUGUCAUUACCUUUAGCUUCUUCUCCAUCUUCACCUGGGGACUGCUGGCAUGCUUUGCCCUGAGGAGGUACCGUCAGGGAAUGGGGGAGUUUCCCCAGAGCUACACAGACCCAGCCCCUGACACCACAGCCAGCUACGCGGGAUACCCUCCAGUCGGCGUCGAGAGCUACCAGCAGCCUCCCUUCGUCGCAAACCCAGAUCCGAGUGGUGAGGGGGGGUACCAGCCUCCAGUCUACUGAGAGAUUUAACACGGAGCCUGGACCAAAGACAAGGACUGGGCCUGGCGCCAACAAGCUGUCCGAAGGAGGAGUACAUAAAGGCCUGUUUCUGUUUAUCAUAGACAGAAGCAUUUUUAUUUGGAACAUGUUAAUUUCUCAACCUCAAAGGUUUGUUUGCGUAAACAAAUCAAGUUUCUAAUCACUGGGGAUUUGAGUCAUUUUUGUAGUCUUUAUUCAUGUCAAGUCUUGGUUCCCUAAAACCACUGCAUAGCGUAAAGCUAAAAUACUACAACUGUAGUAUUAAAACGUAACAACCACAUUGUGUGUGUGUGUGUGUUUUUUUUUUUUUCUGCAGUAGUCAAUGCAGUCUCUGAGAGAGUACUGCAGGCGUGAAGGUGAAUUAGUUUCAUCUGUAGUGAUCAACUUGUUUUUAAACACACUCCGGACAGGCAGUCCAAUGCCAUCCUAUCUGAAAUGCACAUGGAUAAUAAAAUGAUUUAAAUCCCAAGUUUUUAAGUAAAAUAUUCAGUAAAUGCAGCAUUAGUACAUGAUAGAAUGGGAUGAUCAAUAGCUGAAUCUAUUAAAUCGCCCCCUUUCAACAUGAAAUAUAAUCACGCACAUUUUAUAUUCCCUGAAGCAUCAACUCCAGCAACACAACAGCAGAGGAGCAUGCAAAGUAUUGGGAGACCCUUUUCCUUUAUGUACUCCUGUCCUAUAUGUUAUAUUGUUUGCAUGUCAGUACAAGAGUUUUAGAGCAAAAGUCCAGUCCUUUCUUACAUUGGAACAGCCAGGGCUACUGGGGUGCAGCGGGUAUGUCUGUGCAAGGAGUGGAGAACAGAACUAGCUGUCCCAUCCAAACCUCUUCUGUGGUCAGCGGUGUUCUAGCCUGUGGAGUUGUCCCUGGACUCUGUGUCUGGAAGCAGUGUGUGUUCCGUGCAGCAGGGAGUAGGGCUGAUGGGAGUUUGAUCAGCUCUUUAGCCAAGGGGUGCACUCUGUUUCCCCUGACACGGCAUCCAGGGAGAGCCCUGUUAACUAUUUUAAAAUCAGGAUUGUAAAAAGAUGUGUCUGGGUAGCUCUGUAGAUGGUGGUCUUCUCCAAACCUAGCUGCCCCUAGUAGCCUUCAAGCAUUGGUGAAAUAUAAAGUUCCCGCACUGGAUACAAUGUGCCUUAAUACUUUCUGGUUUUUUAAUUUGUUAUUUUUUUGCUUUUCUUGUUGUUAUAAAGCUUGUAUCCUGCAACGCUUGUUCUUGUUUGAUACGCUGUGCGUGUGUUUGUAUAUAAAGGACAAACUUUGAUUGCCUUACAUUUAUUAUUUUUUAGUUAAUAUUUAGUAUUCCUACUUUACAGAUCUGUGUAGUUUAAACAGUUAAUAGUUUACAUUGUACCACAAGGAGUAGUUUUUUUUUAAGGGGACAUGGUUUAGUUAAAUUAUGAUUUAAAAUAUAUGAAGAAAUAUAUAUAUAUAUAUAUAUAUAUAUAUAUAUUUUUUUUUUUUUUUUAUAAAAAGUGCCAAAGCACAUUCAAUACCCCAUACGUAAUUUAUUUUGUUGAUUGCCUCCUUCUUUUGACUGUUUGCACCUCCCUAAUAACAUCAUUAUUAUUAUUUAUUUAUUUUUUUAAAACUGACUACUUCCCUGUUUCCCAGUAGCUAUACUGUAACCAGCCCCCUCAAAAGUGAUGCCCUAUUUCAAGAUGUCUUGAUAACCUAGCUGUUCUGCUUUAAACUAGUUGAUGAAUUCCAUUUGACAGUUUGGGCUUCUUCCUAUUUGGCACAGAACUGUGUAACUGUGCCAUUUUGGUGUAACCUCCACCCCACAUUGGGAGAACGUUUUAGUAAUGGAGGUGUGAUUUUGUGUGAAAGAUUAAUGAGAUGGUAAUAAAACCUGACGUGAAAGGGAAAGGACUUUUAUGUAGGUAAUGUUGUUUUGCGCUUUUAUGGUAAGUUUAGUUUAUAAGAAACAGAUUGUGCUGUGCAGUCCUGGAUGUUAAUACAAAUUCAAAUGGAUUGAACUACUGUAAGGUUUUAUACCAGUUUGGGGGUUGGGGAGGUACAUUUUGUAGGCUGAAUAAAUUAACCAUUUCCAGCAUGCCUUAACUUUGCUGAAAGAAAGCAAUGCUCCCAAGUUAUAUAUCUAAAUAUCAUAUAUAUUAAAUACCAACUACUUCCAUACAACUUCUUAAGGUAGGGUAAUGACUACAUUGGCUUAUGCACUGGUUCCUGUGGAUAAAUAGUUUUUCAUUGUGUAAAUGUUAGGGUGUAGUAGAUAGUAUGUUUAUCUGUGGUAAAAUACCUGAUUGGGACUCUGGAAAUUCUUAAAAUGUGUCACAAAAAAAACAUUAUGCACAUAAACCAAAUAUGUAAUUUAGCUUUAAGGCCAAAGAUUUUGAACAUCACUAUUUAACACAAUAACCCAUAAAGGCACAAUGCUGCUUUUUCUGCCUGACAUUGUAAUUUGAUUGCAUGCCAGUGUUUCAGUUCCACAGUGAAAGAAAGCUGGUGCAACAUCACGUGCUAGUACUGGAAAGCAGUUCAUUAUGAAUAGCGCUGCUUGUAGCUGGUGGAAACAAAAGAUAACAUUCACAGCUGGUUUCACACACCUCAGUAAGCAUACAUUUUGACUAUCUAACUUACCCAAGAUAACAUUCAGGGCUGGUUUCAGACCUUAAGUAGCACAGGUUUUGCCUAAAUUAACAUCAGGUAUUCUAAGAUGAAUUGGGAGUUUGAAGCCAACUGUGUCAUCCAGGAUAGGGGUUGUGAAACCAGCAGAUUGGAGUACCAGUAUUGUCAUGAUACAGCUUCCUGGUGGAAUUGCAAAAUUAAUGUUGCACCUUGGGUCAGGUUUUAUUUGUUGCCAUUAAUUACCACUGUCUUUUUAAUCAAAUAAAAUGACAUUUUCAA